UAUUGCAGCCAGUUGUGACAGCAGUGAAUCCCACAAGUAUUUUAUUGUAUAAUCUGACCAUAGUGACCGAGAAUUGUUGGAGACAUUCAUCAUGGGUGUUAUCGACGAGACAAAGAAGCUGUAUGGAAACACCACGAACGAUGAUCAAAUGCAGAUCAUUGCUAUUGAUGAAAGCAGUGAAGAAGAGCCAACACCCCCAGCCCCCCAGUCACCUAGGAAGUUUAAGCACAGACCUCCCAAAUCUCCUAAACCCAUGGACUGGACCAAAAAUUCAGGAAGGAAAGUUAAGGGCACUAAGACUGGCAGAAGAAUGGAUAAUUUCAACUUUUUGCUGAGUCUUGUUGACAGUAAGGAAGAGUUUGGUGAGCUUGACAUCCAUGACUAUUUGGAGCCAACGAUGUCUGCAUUUGGGGAAAUUCUCUCUGAAGAGGAAAAAAUGAGGGCAUGGAAUGACUUUAUAAACCAUUCAGAAGAGGAACAGCAGCAGUUUUUACAAGGUCAACAAUACUCUGAGGAGGAAGUGACUGAUGCAGUCUUUUUGGAUGCUGAUGAAAAAGAUAAUGCCCUUUCUGGUCUAGGAGGAUUGGGAGCUGAUGACAAGAGAACAGUCCAUCCUGCUUUCACAGCAGAGGAGUGUUUCAAGAAAAUUGACAGCAAUCUUAGAGGAUUAUUGUGUAAAAGACAACUUCCAAAGGGCAUCCUAUCUGCAAUAGAGGAGGAAGUAACAGAUUUCUUCAAAGAAUGGCAAAAUUCUGUUUAUAUUUCAAAGAUAGCAAAUCCCUUUGAGAGGUUGUUGCUACAUGCAGUUUGCCAGUAUCUCAGUCUGUCCUCAAAAAGUUUUGAUCAUGAAAACGCCAGGCAUACUCAAGUGGAAAACCCACUGGACUCCUUUUCUCCUCCUGAUGUCACUCUCAUUGAAUAUCUCGAGUUGCACUCUCACUGAUGUACCCAUUGUUGUUUGUGCACAAGCAGUAUUAUGUGUUUGUAAAAAUAUUUAUUAAUUUUAGAAUUAAUAUGUAAACACAAGAACACCAAUGUUGACAGAUAUUUGGUAUUGUAAUCAGAAUGGAUGUAGAAUUGCACAAGAAAAUGGAUGUAGUAUAUCAGAUUCUGUCAUAUUUCAUGGGAUUGAUAUUAUGGGUUGUUAGAGUACAGUUGUAAAAGCUUGGAAUUGUUCAUUGAUUUAUUGAUGGUAUUGCCCAUCCUCCUGUUAUGUUCAAGUUCUGUUAAAAAAAAGUACAUUAAUUUGUUCCAUGGCAAACCAUUAUUUGUUACAAAGGCAAGAACCACAAAUUUUGCAAUUGGUUCUUGAAUUACAAUUUAGAUUCAUCAGAUCAAACAUACCAUUCCUUUCUAAUUGAUACCCCUUUGUGUAUGCUAGCCACAAUAUGCAUAUGUUAAUAUAGAUCUUUUGUUGAACAUCAUAAGCAUUUACAGGCAUAUUGAUUUCAUCUUUUAUGUUUAUACUUCACAGCAGCUUUUCAUGUGCUGCACAAUCAAUAUGAUGAGAUCAAGUGGAGAUAUUAAAGACUGAAAGUGUUGUGGCUUAUUACAACUCUUAUGUUAAUUUAUUGAAACCUAGUCUUAUUGAUAAGUGUUCAACUUAUUGUACUUAGAGCAAAUUGCUAUAGCCUACAGCUGAGCAUCUUUAUUUUUAUCCAUGUAGCUCUUUUUGUAGCCUAGAGAAACAACAGCAUUUGUCAGCUGUACUAUUUGAUGUACGGGUCAGUUAAAUAAAUGCUGUUUCUAUACUAUUUGAUGUACGGGUCAGUUAAAUAAAUGCUGUUUCUAAAAUGACAAUUUUUCAUGUAAU